AUUGCUAUGAACAAAAAAGUAAUGCUUUACAAUUAUUAGUAUUAUUUAUUUAAUUUGUUUUUUUCCUGACUAAAUGUUAAAACUUGGUUCCUUAUGCUUCCUUUUCUUUAUGCAUGUAAAGUUCCAAAUAAGGGCAGUGGGUGGCGGAAAUGCAACAAUGUGCUCCCACUGCAAUAAAGCAGAAGACUAGCUAGCGGUCCGCGGUGUAGCCUGGCAGCUCACCGUCAGACUGCAGCCAGCCUGACCGCGGCGCCCCCUGGAGGCUCACCGUCAGACUGCAGUCCGCGGCGCCCCCUGGCGGCUCACCGUCAGACUGCAGUCUGCAGCAUCAACAGACGCAGCAGAAACAAACUUCCAGUCGCAGCAUGGAUUUCAACAUGAAGAGACUGGCUUCUGGCGCCGGGGUGUUCUUCACACGGGCGGUACAGUUCACGGAGGAGCGGCUCGGUCAGGCCGAGCGGACCGAGCCGGACGCGGACCUCGAGCGGCUGGCGGGCCGCGCCGACGUCACCCGGCUCUGGACCGAGAGGAUCUGCCGGCAGACCGAAGUCCUGCUGCGGCCCAACCCCGGUGUCCGGAUGGAGGAGUUCCUGUAUGAGAAGCUGGACCGCACGGCACCGCAGAGGCCAGCCAGCGGCCAGCUGCUAGGCCGCCACAUGGAGGACGCCGCCAGGUCCCUGGGCCCAGAGCUGGCCUACGGCCGGGGCCUGCUCCUGGUGGGUGCGUGUGAGCAGCGUCUGGGCCGGGCCGAGCGGGAGUUCUCCCAGGUCUCAGCCGUGGCUCUCAUCGGCCCACUGAGAGACUUCCUGGAGGGCGACUGGAGCCUCAUCACCAAAGAACGCCGUCUGCUGGAGAACCGCCGUCUGGAUCUGGACGCCUGCAAGGCCCGACUGAGGAGAGCCCAGGCCGCCGAGAGCAAGGCUGCAACGCAGCCUGACUUCCAGGAGACCAGACCUCGGAACUACGUCCUCUCUGCCAGCGCCUCAGGGCUCUGGACCCAGGAAGUUGAGAAGGCUUCUGGUCUGCAGGCUGGAGAUGAGCUCCAGCGAGCGCAGGCGGAGUUUGACCAGCAGGCGGAGGUCACCAAACUACUGCUGGGGGACAUCAGCAGCACACACGUGAACCACCUGCGCUGCCUGCACGAGUUUGUGGAGGCCCAGGCAGCGUACUACAAGCAGUGUCACCUGCACAUGGAGGACCUGCAGAAGGAGCUAGCGUGCGGCUCCGCGGGGGGCUCUGGCCAGCAGGGGGAGCAGAGUGGGGGAGGGGGGGACCCCCCCAGCCCCCCCCCAGGAAGCCGCCGCGCCCGGGUCCUGUUUGACUACGACGCAGCCGACGCCUCGGAGCUGUCGCUCUACGCAGACCAGCUGAUUACAGUGUAUACAGUGCCUGGGAUGGAUUCUGAUUGGCUGAUCGGAGAGAGAGAAAACCACAGAGGAAGAGUUCCUGUCACCUACCUGGAGCUGCUCAGCUGAACACACACACACACACGCACGCACGCACGCGCGCGCGCGCGCGCACGAACGCAUACACGCGCGCGCACGAACGCAUACACGCGCGCACGAACGCAUACACACGCGCUCUAAGACUGAUCCUAGUCAGCAUGUGAUGGGACUGAUGUUUGCUAACAUGUGAUGGGACUGAUGUUUGCUAACAUGUGAUGGGACUGAUGUUUGCUAACAUGUGAUGGGACUGAUGUUUGCUAACAUGUGAUGGGACUGAUGUUUGCUAACAUGUGAUGGGACUGAUGUUUGCUAACAUGUGAUGGGACUGAUGUUUGCUAACAUGUGAUGGGACUGAUGUUUGCUAACAUGUGAUGGGACUGAUGUUUGCUAACAUGUGAUGGGACUGAUGUUUGCUAACAUGUGAUGGGACUGAUGUUUGCUAACAUGUGAUGUGAUUGAUGUUUGCUAACAUGUGAUGGGACUGAUGUUUGCUAACAUGUGAUGGGACUGAUGUUUGCUAACAUGUGAUGGGACUGAUCCUAGUUAGGAACAGUCCCAUCACAUGUUAACUGACUUUUUUGUGUGCAUUUGUCUUCAAACACAGCAGAGCCAAACUGCCCAGGCCCUCUUUUAGCCAAUCAGAGAACUCCACUAACCUGCCAUGGGAGCGCUCUGCUCUGUCUAUCCAAUAAUAUAUAUAUCAUUGAGGUUACUAAUAAGGAUUAUUGUUAAUGUUAUGUUUUAUUUAACUUUGUGCCACGGAUGUGCAGCCUACUUCUGGAACCAGACAGUCUGGUCAUGUGAUGUUUACAUAUUUAUUUAUUUUGUCUGUCUGUGCGCGUUUGUGUUUCUCCUGUCUGUAUUGUAUAUACGUAUUUUCCCGGAUUACGCUUUCAAUUAAAAAAAACUUAAAAAUAAUACAAUGUUCUCCAUUCAUCUCCAACUCUCUGGACCGGAGUUCUAUGACGCAAGAUCAUUUGGUAAUCUCUGCUUAACGUGUAAAAACAUGAAGAGAACUCUGAACCUGCAUGUGGGCCUGACUCACACCACGAUGGUUAAACCCACCAACGUACACAACAUCAGGAGACAAUUCUGUGACCCGGUUCUGGCGUCGACUACACUGCCAGGAGCCGUCGACAGCAGAACCUCGACCAGCGAACAGUGGCGUCAAUAGGCUGUUUCAUUCGGGGCUAAAGCCCCGGAUAUGAUUUAAUUCGCUCCAAAUCUUACAAAAAAAAAUAA